CAUAAAUGUGCUGAGGGGACGGAGGCAGACAGCAAGAGCAGACUGGCGCGCGUAAAAUCCCAAAGGAUCCGGAUGUUUUCUACUAUUCGUGCCUGCCGAAUUGUCACUUUGCUCAGUUGCUUUGUGUUUCCAGCCGAAAACCAUAAAAUAGAAUGCACCGAGGGGUGAAGGAGGACCCCUUCUGCUUUUUGCACGAGCGAGCAACUCUCGGUCUUCUUUUUUUGCAUCUUCAACGUCUGCCUCAUUUGUCAUCCUUCCUUUGUUCAUCGUGCCUUUCUCCUCUUACUUUUUUUCACUUCGACACCGACUCUGAGCCCCCUGUGUCACAAAGACUCCACAACGCCGCAGAUGUCAGCCUACAACUCCAUUUUCAAGAAGGAUCUCUUCAAGGACGAAGUCGUCCUUGUGACAGGAGGAGGCACCGGUAUCGGUCGAUGCAUAGCCCACGAGAUGGCUAGCCUCGGAGCAACGGUCGUGAUUGCUGCCAGAAAGCUGGAGCAAUUGACGGCGACCGCGGAAGAGAUCCACAAGCUCGGUGGCAAAUGUGACACUAUGCAGAUCAACAUUCGCGACGCUGCAAAGUGUCUAGAGCUGAUCGAGGCCAUCGUCGCCAAGCAUGGCAAGUUGACCUGUCUCGUCAAUAAUGCCGGAGGACAGUUUAUGUCGCCCGCGAGCAGUCUGUCCCCCAAGGGCUUUGCUACAGUCGUGGAUCUGAACCUUAACGGCACAUUCAAUAUGUGCAAGGCUGCCUUUGAUGGGUACAUGGGCGAGCAUGGAGGAAAUAUCGUAAACAUUGUCGCCGAGUGCCGCAAUGGCUUCCCCAGAAUGGUUCACACUGGUGCUGCUCGAUCGGGAAUUAUCAACAUGACCAAGACCUUAGCCGUUGAGUGGGGCCCCUAUAACGGCAUUCGUGUCAAUUGCGUUGCUCCUGGAACCAUUGUCAGCUCUGGCAUGAAGAACUACCCUGAAAACGUUGUUGACAUGAUCGCCACUACGGAUUGGAUGAGUCCCAGCGGUCGUUAUGGUACCGAGUCCGAGAUCGCAGCAAGCGUUGUGUUCCUCCUUUCCCCAGCCGCCUCGUACAUAAGCGGUGUCAACCUGGCGGUUGAUGGAGGUAGCUCUUUGAGCAAGGGAUUCCCUGAGGGCAACGAGCUAGCGUUCAAUCCUGAGGGCAGUCUCAUGCCCGCAUAUAUCGGAUGGCCCGAGGGUAAGGAUAACGUACAUAACCUGAAGCAUGUAGAUGCGCCUCAGAAGGUCAACGAUCUCUUGGACAAGUACAAGAAGAAGAACAAGAGCAAGCUGUAGAGAGUCUGUUAGAAAUAAAAAAUACAUCCAUACUGGUUAUCGUUAAG